AUGAAAUUGCAAAAAUCAUCCCCAACAGAAAUGGCUUUGGAACUCAGAGCUUUAUGUCUAAGCAGAAACACGACAAUAGAGAUGAUAAAGGACCGGGGAUACACAACAACACAAGAAGUGCAGUCGCUUGAGUCUUUUCAUGAGAGGUAUCCGUUUGCUCUUACAAAGAGGUCGACAUUGAAUUUUGUCUGUGUCGACGUGGACAGACCCGUGGGAAUACACUUUGGGGAUGAUGAGAAGAUGGGUAAGAAGGGAUUUGAGGGGCUUCUGUCCCAAUAUGAAAAGGACAAUAUAUUCCACUUGAUCCUGAUUCUCCCACAAUUUCCUAGUCCUACUGUGAUGUCGAUGAUAUCCCUGAAUCCUAAGUUCAACGUCGAGAUUUUCCUGGUGGAAGAGAUGGUAUUCAACAAGACAAAGCAUUCGUGGGUUCCUCCACACAGAAUCUUGUCUCGUGAGGAAAAGGAAAAUGUUUUGAAGGCCUUGAAGCUUGGGCCUGGAGAUCUUCCCAGGAUUCUGAAGAGCGAUGUGAUUGCUCGAUACUAUGGAGCAAAGCGGGGAGACGUUAUGGAGAUAGUUAGAAGGUCGAGGACGGCUGGGGAAUCUAUCUAUUACAGAAUUGUUGUUGAGAGGUAG